AUGGGGCAUAAAGAAAACGAAAAAAGAAAAAGAUCAAUAAACAGAUCUGAUGAUGAUUCACGUUCUAUAUCGAUAUCUUUAGAUAAAUCAAAAAAAAAAAAAAAUAUUUCAGCUACAUGCACUUCAAAGGAGCGUACCAAUGUGGACAAAAGUAGGAAAAUAAGAAAUAGUAUUAACAAACAUCGAAAUAAAAACAAAAAAUGUCGCAGUGUCUCUUCUGAUAGAAGUAUGACUAGCCAUAAAGCCCGAAACAAGGCUAACAAACGAUCUAGUAGUGGCGAAAGUAGCGAUACAGAUAAUAGCAAAAGUUCUAGUAGUGGCGAAAGUAGCGACGAAAGUAGUGACGAAAGUAGCGACGAAAGUAGCGACGAAAGUAGUGACGAAAGUAGCGACGAAAGUAGCGACGAAAGUAGUGACGAAAGUAGCGACGAAAGUAGCGACACAGAUGGAAACACAAGUUACAGUAAUAGGAAAAGUGAUAGAUCGUCUAGCAAUAGUAGUACAAGUAGUAGCGUGUUAGCGAAAAAAAAAAUUAAGAAUGAAAAGAAAAAAAAAGAAAAAGAAGUAGAAAAGGAAAUAAACGAUAAUAAAAAAGAAAACUAUGAUGCUCAUAUUUAUGAUAGUAAAGAAAUGAUACGAUUAACUAUAAACAUACUUCAGAAUUAUAAUUUUAUAAAUAAUUUAAAAGUGUUAUAUAAAAAAUUAGAUAAUAAAAAAAAAAUAUCGCUUGAAAAUAUCAAGGAUUUAAGAUUAAAAAAAAAACUAAGACAUUUAUUCAGAGCUUGGAAAUUAGAAAAAAAAGAUGAAUUUUAUAGAAAACCAUCAAGUUUUAAAGAAAACAUAUAUGAUAUUUUUAGUAGCUUAUAUUAUUAUUUUUUAUCACAAAUCGAUAUAGAAAAAUUGAGAUAUAAUAUUAAUAAAAGAAAAUCUGAUUUAUUAAAACAAAAAGAGAACAAUAAUAAAGAAGUUGAUAAUAUAAAUGCAAAUUAUAAAUACGGGUAUGAUAUUGAUCAAAAUAAUGACAGUACAAAUUAUUCCCAUAUUAAUCUUUUCAUUGAAGAAGAAAAGGCACAAUAUAUUAAUUAUAUAAAUAAUCAAAAUGAAAAAGUUAAGGGUUUAAGAGAAUUACAUGAAGAAGGGCAUUUUAAAAAUAGCAAAGAACAAUAUAAAAAGUUUUUAGAAAAACAUCAAAAUGUUGACUUAUGGGGAAAAAGUGAACAAGAACAAAAAUAUCUACUUAAUUCGAAACAAUCCAAUAAUGAAAGAAAAAUGUUUGAUAGAGAAAGAGAUCUAUGUGCAAAUAAUUUUAUAAAAAAAGAUAGCUACAACAAAUUAAUAAAAAACACAAAGGAACAUGUAGAUGGAAAGUUUCAUAAAACUUCAGAUAAAGUAAUAUAA